AAGCUUUCUCCGCCGCAGCCAGGUGAGCCAGAGCGGCCAGCAGAGCGGCCCAGAUGGCCCCGGCGCUCUUGCUGUUGUCCUUCUCCUUCUCCACGUAGUCCUUUGCCCGGUCGAAAGAAAACAUGCCGAGCUGCGUGAAGAAGCUCUCCAGGAUGGCCCGCUCCCGGGGGACCGGCCGCAGCUCCUCCACCUCCGUCAUGACACCGCCGGACGCCCCCCUUUAGACCGGCUGAAGGCUACAGAACCGUGCUAGCUAACUGACUGUGUAAACUCUGGGUAAGAGAAAGACCAUUUUACCAAUUAAAACUCAAAAACACAGGCACCUUAAAAAUAGUAUGACAUAAUGUCAGUCCUCGUUAUUUAAAAUAUACCACUACAGGUCUUCAAUUUGUCCUCGAAACCGCAAUUUUUUAAAUAACGUAUGUGUAUUUAGCUAACCGGCUAAUCAGCCGACGCCAUGUUGACUACCUUACAUGUAAAUACUACGGGAAGUCAGAAGAACCAAAAUACAUGCGUACCUCCAGAAAACCAAAAUUUUCUCGCAGUUAUGAAGAGCGCCAUUCAAUUUAGUGAUUGUUUUUUGUGAUUUUUAAAAAAUGUAUACUUAUUUUGCAUUUAUAAAACAUUUCUGUGUUUUGUGAGUUUUUUGCCUUUUCUUUAAGUAUUUCAUUUUGUAGAAUAUUUUUACAUACUAUUAUUUUUUGUGUGCGUUACAUAAAAACACCUUUUCCAUUUCACAAAAUAUGUAUUUAGUGAAAUGCUUUAAGUCACCAACGAACGCUUUUGCAGUUGACCCACAAAGGUAUUGUAAUUUACAUGUAAACAGUUGGUUCAUAUUAACAGAUUUGUGAAUACAAUGAUAAGCAGUAGCAGACAUUACAAAUUCAAGUGCAUUUAUGAAUCUCCAUAUGUGCUGGAGAGUGUAUGCUUUUUUUGCAUUUCCAGAUUGGGUGCCCAUUUAGCCCAGUGUAUAUUUUAAGGAUUUGCCUACUCAGAAAUACCAUCAUGACAUAUACAUUUUUGUGAAUAAUGACAUAUCUGAGUAUUUGCUAACACAAUAUUUUUUUUGUUUUUGUUUCUUCCUUUGAGACAUAGAAACAUCUUUUCAAAUGCAGUUACAACACUCUCUGCACACAUUAGGCCUAAGGGUUAGGGUUUAACGAUGAAUAAUAGGUAAUGAUAAAUCUUCUGACGUAUGACCAUGUCUUUGAACAGCAAACCAUUAUUGAUCUUUUGGUCAUGGCUUUGUAUUUGCCAUUAUCUUUAAUCAAUUAUUUGAGGUUUUAGCCUCGCCUACAGAAAUUUGAAAGACUGAAUAAGAGAUGGGACUUCUGUAAAGUUCAAACCUUCCAAAUAUAGAUAGUUCAUAGAAAAAUCACAUUGGCCGUCCUCUGUCACAUGAGAGUACAGUCAAUAAGUCAUUGUAAAAACGUAAAUCCUUAUAAAAUGAUUAGUGAAAACAGAAAAAUGAUGGCCUUUAUGAUGUCAUAGAUAAUGUGGUUUGUUGGUUUUUCCACCAAUUUGAUCCAGAACAACAAUAAUUUUAACUUCAUGUCCACAGCUUUGGGGAUCCACUGUCACUGAAACCUAUAGUGCCUCACUGUUGGUCUUGUUUUUGAGAGUUUCUGAGAAAUAUUAUUCCAUCAUCUUAACUGGAAUACUGUUGAAAAUAAUAUCUCAAUUUAUCAAACUUUAUUUCAUUUUAUGUUGCAGAAACAAGCCUUGAUAGUAAAUUAAAGGUUAUCAGUCAUUUAUUGAGACUGAACUAUAAAUGUGGAUAUAAUCGCGCAGGUCUUAAUCUCCAUUUUCUCCAAAAAGUUAUAUAAAUCUUCUAAGAAAUAAUGAAAUAAUGAUUACAGAGGCACACAGCAAAGACUGACAGACUCGGUGGUCAUUUGGGUUGAUGGAUUAACCAGCAGCCAAAGUAUGUCCAGAUUAGGGGGACCUAGGGCUCAGUUCUUAGGAGUUUUUUUUCCCCUCUAUCAGUGUACUUACGGUGUAUAACAGGAUUGCAAAACAGGGUUUAGGUUUACAAUUACGUAUUAUGAUACAUAAUGAAAUUAUAUGAUACAAUAAAUAAAGAUUCCUCACAAAAUGAUGCAGUAAUUUUGAUUCAAUAAGAUAUGUUUUGAAUCACUGCUAAAACGACAAAUUACAAAUGAUACUCUACAAAAGCAUACAGAGUGAUUUUUUGUAACCGCAUCAUACAACAUGAAACAAGCCAUAAGAGGGAUACAAUACAAUUUGUUAUGAUACAGUACCAAAAUAUGUCAUACCUAAUGCUAGGAUACAAAACAAAAUGACACCAGAAACAAGUUUUGAUGCACUAAUACAAUAUUGUAAGAAAAUUAGAUAAACGUCAUUUUUACAAUGUCAUUGAACAGACGCAUUAAUCCAAAGCGACAUACAUACAAAUCAUACACCAGUGGAGGACACAAGCUGGAAGCAAGGUAGGUUAAGUGUCUUGCCCAAGGACACAGGGGACAGACUAAGGAUAGGGGGAAUCAAACCGCCAACCUUCCAGUUAUUCGACAACUACUCUUCCUUCUAAGCUAAUGCCGUCCUGUCGCCAAAACAAAUGCUUUACAACUUGAUACAGUUUAAUGCAGUUGAUACUUAAUAAUGCAGUACAAUACAAUACAAUACAAUACAAUACAAUACCAAAGGCUGAUACUGAACAGUAUGUCAUGAUUUGUUACAUCUGAUACAGUUUUAUUUUUUAUGAAACAUCUUGAUACAACAUGAUAUGAUACGAUAUAAUGCAUAAUAAAAAGAUGAAGUAUAACACAAUGUAAUAUGAUAAAAUACAAUUUAAUACUGUGUGCUACAACACAAAUGAUGUGAUGGACAUAUGUAAUGAUGGAAUUUGCUUCAAUACAAUAAAAUAUGAUGCAUUAAAAAUAUAUUAUACAACAAUACAACACAAUAUGAUAUUACACAAUAGGAUUUGAUACAGUAUAAUUCAAAACAACGCAAUAUGGUACAAUACCAUACAAUUUAUUACAAUACAGUAGGAUAUAAGAUGAUGCAGUAUCAUUAAGGAUGAUACAAUUUGAUAUGAUAGGAUAUGAUCCAAAACGAAGGAGUAUGAUACAAUAUGAUCAGGAAUGAUAUGAUAUAUGUUACACUUAAAUGUACAGUCAAGUGAUGCAAACUGAAUAUUUGCAUUUCAAUUCUGUUUUGUAAAAGAAUAUUUAAUUCACACAUUAUUAAUUCUUGCCGGAUAAGUUGCAAAACUUUUGGUAUCCUCUUACUUUACAUCUAGCGCUAACAUCUGGUCAAGAUGAGAAAGUGACUCAGUAGCACCCUUGUGACUACAUUCCCCAUCUGUCCAUGAAACAUGUUUAUUUUCAUGUACUCUCUCUCUCUCUCCUCUCUUUCUCUCCCUCUCUUCAGGGGUGGAUCUCUACUGUCUCUAAAAAGUGUCAUCAGCUUCAAAACUUCACACAUCGCAUUUAUCCUCAUCCUCCUCUGAUCCUCCCUGCUCGGUAAGUGACAUCAUCCUCACUCCUGCGCACUUUUAAAAAAAUCAUAGAUAGCGUGAGUUUCCCUAAAUGUCGCAGACUUACUGGAGACUAGAACAUGCUGCAAUUUGUUUUAAUAUCAUUCAUGUCUAAAGCCUUAUGUUCCCCUAAGCAAUAGUUUAAGUCACACUGUGUGUCUCACACUAGAACUGAACACCAGUUCCAUUCUAAGAAGUUUUACUUUUAGGUAAACAAACUGGGAUUUAUGUUCAUAAUGACUGUGUCUUUAUAGAGGAAGCCUGUAAUUUUAUAGAGGAAUAAUCAUGAUGACAGGCUUGUAUUUUUAUUUAGACUGGAAUAUCUGUCCUAGUUUAAGACUGAUUUAUGCAAGAAAAUAAGACUAAAGUAAGUAACAGCUAAAAAAAAAUAGAAAGCGAGUUAAAAUCAGAGGAAACUAGCAAAAAUACAAAUAAAUGUGUAAUUAAAGUUAGUAAAAGAAAGCAUGCUUGUAUGUUCAAGCCUCCAUUCAGUAUUGAAAUGAAACUGAGUUAAGUCUGACUAAUUUGACUGCUAUGAUUUGAGAGUUUGAAGUGACUUUACCAGUUAAGCCAUCCAAAUGAAAUUAAAAAUUUUGUUCAGGAAAACAGUGUCAUUAAAAUGUGCAAAAAUGGAAGCAAAAUACAUUUUUGUAAAAGCAACCUUAUUUUCCUUUGAAUGUGAAUCAAAGGUAUUUCCAAUUUGAUUUAAAUUUUGAGGAUAUUUUUGCAGAGAGAAACCUUUUUACUUAACUCACCUUAUCCUGAAAAAAAUCCUCUCAGUCUGAGGUAGUGAUGUUAUUACAUUUUUGGAGUGAAAGCAGGUUUGAAUCUUAGAUUUGAAUCUAUUGCUCCUCAAAAACAUAAUCAAACUCCUGCAGAAAAUGCUCAAACUAUGACUUUAACUCUGUCCUGUGCACAUUUGCACAAAAGAUCUGUUCAUCUUGUCUGUACUCUGAUAGCUUGAAGCUAUUGAACAGUAAAGUAAAGUCACAGCAGUGACACUAACUUUGCUUGAUUAAUUGCCUUUAUGUACACAAAUUCCCAGAAUGUCAGACAGAAUGUCAUGCUUUUGGUCACACAUUAAAUUGCGGCCAAGUAUUGCAUGACCUAUAAAAAAGACCGUGAAAAGAUGGAGAUGUUUUCCAGGAAAACCAUUGAAACAAGACAAAACCCCUACAGAGGCAAGGCUGCUGUUACGCUGUACCAUACUGCACUGUAGUGCCUCAAGGUCAAUGCUGACACCAGUGUGUUUUUAUUAUAAUAUAAAUUAUAUCUAGCAGGUAUAUGAUUAGCAGCUUUACCUUAGCUAAAAGUGUUCCCGUGUGUGCAUUUGUAAGUAAUACACUACUAAGUUUAGGUCAGUGGAUUUGCAGUUCUAAGUAUUAGAAGUGUUAUUUUUUUUACCUGAUGGUGGCGCUACAUGAAAAGUCAUGGGAUCACCAGAAUGGGGUCAUAAAAAAUGAAGAAGACUACAAAACUAAAAUCAGCCUUAGAAAUGAAAAGUCAGAGGAUUCACACUCUAAACACCAUGAACAUCCCUUUAAACAUGGGGAGAAAUCAAAACAAUUUUUGUGGAGGGACUGGGUCUGACCAAAACAACCACAAAUGUCAGUCUGUUAAUAUCAGGAGAUGAAGAUACUGAUAUUUCUAAAAACCACUCAAAGGGAGGCAUUUAUAUAAUUGAUUCCAUUAGUUUUAGAUAUACUAGACUCAAGGUUGCUGAUACCACAUGAUAGUUUCAUUCUACUCUGUUAGAUUUUUCUUAAAUCCUUCAUCACUUUGAAAAACUGGUUUGUCUAAGCCUUGGACAUGUUUGCUUUGGGGAAUUUUUAAAACUCAUGAAAACAGUCCAUAAAGACAGAUGCAGUGGUUUAGAAGAGGCUUCCACCAUGAUAGUCCAUGUUUGAGGAAUAUUUGGCAUGGAUGCAAGAUUACCCCAUUAUUAGUCAUGCUUUUUGAGGAACCUUGCACUUUCAAACAGAAGUCAACAGACUUGAUUUUCAAUGGCUGACCUAGAUAUCCAUAGUGAAAAAUCAGGUUAGUUAAUAGUACUAUAUAAUCCUGAUACCAUGUUGGUGUUUUCAUUUUUUUAAUGUGAUGGGAUGCAACAAUUUUAUAUUGAUUGCAUGUAUGCACAUUACCUGAGCCAAAAACUAAUUACAGAUGGACUGUGCUGCCUUAUAUGUGCCGAUGAGCUGUUAUUUUGUUAUAAAAGAUACAUACAUCCAGUAUGAUAUAUCUCACAGCUGCAGUUAAUAUUUAAAAUUUAGAGAUGCAGAGGGAAUGAUUUACAGUCAGUCAAUGUGCAGACGAUGCAGCGCUGUUAGAAGAAAGAUUUGUUGAAACUUUUUUGUUGUUUUGUUUUUCUGUUUUUGCCAAAUUAAAACUUGUAGCUUGAAACGAGAGAUAUGCAAUCAAGUGCUAUCUAGCUAAAAAACAAAAACAUAUUUUGGGUUAAGAUAAAAAAAAUAAAUUAAUGAAUUAAAAAAACUCACUUUUUUUUUCUACCACAAUCAGCUCUAUUUUAUUCAACAAGUGAAAUAUUGUCUUUUUUCAUCUUAAGUGUCAUUCUAGCAUAUCAUAUUUUUCAGAUAUCAAACAUGAUGAAAUACUGGGGAAAAAUUCAAGGAUAGUCAACAUGCAGCACUGUUUAGUGAUAAAAAAACAAACAAACAUAUGUUAGUUUGAAAACCUUCUUCAAAUACAUUUUGUCCAGGCCACCAGGUCUAUUUUAAAUCAGAAAAGGUUAAUUUUUGUCUUUCUUUACUCUGAGAAGCACAUUUUCAUACACUGAUGAACAAGAUAUCAGAAUAUCAAGGAAAAAAUCUGCCAAUAUACAGAUGACACAUUGUGUUUCAUGGGAAAGACAAAAAUACUUCAAAAGUGAUUCAUGUUAUCAUGUUUUUACCAUAAACAUCAAGUGUUUAUUGAUCUAAAAAGACUCUUAAACUGUAAAAAUAUUAAGUCAAACUUGUAGUUGAUGUUCUGGUUUGCUUUGUUUUGGUUUGCCAAUGAAACACAUUUAAGCUAAAUGCAGUUCACCUAACACUCCUAAACCUGAUGUUUUUGCAAUUUCACUUUAAAGCCCAUACUGUUCCUAACAGAGACAAAAGUUGCACAUUUCAUGGUUUUAUAUAAAAAAAACAUGACAUUUCUCAUAAAUAUCCAAAUUAUUACUUCUAGUAUGAACUAGCCAAGAAAAAUUGAUCGCUAAGUGUGUAACUAAUCAAUUUAAGUUCAAUUUCUUUUCUCAUAUAUAACCCUGAUCAAAAAAACACUGUGACACAGACACUCAGAGAUUUUCUCUAUAGUUUCCUUACAGUAAGAGAAAUUGACUUGUGUUCAUGUGCUGAGGUCAAAAGUAUUAAAACUUCGAGAAAAAGCUCUUUUUUGUGCUCUGCAGAUCAGCUGUGUAAUCACAGUUAAAGGAAAGGUUUGUUGCAAAACUUCAAGCUAUACGUGACUUGCGGGCUUGUUGGAUAUGUAUAUUACUUGGAAAUGAGAAAUGUUGGAGUCUUUUUCCUGGAGUCAGGAGAGCCUGAAGAAAAGAUUUUACAUUACAUUGCAUAUACCCACUCUACAAAUCAAUGCUAUUUUUGCAAUAAUUUUGUUGCCUCUCUUUUAUGUGCCUUUAGACUGCUCACCACUUAAACCUAUCAGCAGCCAGGUUUUGUGCCUAUGCUUUUCUCAAUUUUUAUUUUAAAUUCAAAAAUUUGCUGUAUCAGAUAGUAAAAUGCUUGUUCAGUGCUAAAAGGUGAAUAAAACACCAGAAUUAGUUAGGUAAGACGAGCAGUAGUUUGCUCAGAGAGGUAGCCAGGGUGGCCCCCUUGAAAUCUGAUUGUCUAUCCCAGGUGCCAUUCCAAGAUCCUAAGCUUUGAUUAGCUAUUUGCCUGAUCAGAAGUGGGACUUUAGGUAAAGUCAACUAUUUGGGCAUGUAGCUUUCUUUGUCUUUCAGUUAAACUCAUUUUUCUGUCUUAGAGCCAACUGGACAAAUAUCUUCUUUUUAAGUACUUAAGGAGUAAAACUUUUAAGAUUUAUAUAACCACUUAGUUGACUCUUGUGUCAUUUUAAAGUCAAUAUUUCAACCAUAGACUGUAUAUACUAUGGACAACUUGGUUCCCCCUUCCACCAGUGUACGGAUUUGAAGCCGAAAAAUUCUCAGAAAUUCUGCAUUUUUUUUUCUCUGCUUCCUGAAACCAACAUUGAGCAGUAGCGUGGUGCGCAUUUGGUGGGAGAAUCGCCAAGAGUCUCUGUGAUGACGCUCAGCUCAAACAACGUAUCGCCAGGUUGAGCUGCGCAAUCUUUGCACGCCCAUAGGCUGUAUAUUUUGUGAAAUAAAUUUCUAAAGUUUGUCCACAGCUCCAUAAGUUUUGCAGGAGGAGUUGGGAUUUAUGACCUAUACUGCAGCCCGUCACCAGAGGGUGCUGUUCUCCGAGUGUCUUCACCCAGCGAGGAGGCAGACGGCGUCCAUUCUAUAUACAGACUAUGAUUUCAACAGAUAAAUAAAACUGCUGCACAAUGUUUUCUGAGGCUUGAUAUUCUCACAUUAAAAUAAGAUAUACCCAUGGGUUUACCUUCAUAUGCUGUACCCUGAUUACUACUUUCUUAACUUAACACAAAUAAAAUUUGACAGUUAUUGUAAAUAAUCUUAUCAAUGUCACUCAUUUGGAAACACACUGUUUUCACUCAAGAAAAUGUAAUGAUAAUUUUUUUAAUUUUUAAGUUAUUUUUAUGUUCUAAGUUUUUAAUUUUUAAGUUUCAACUAAUUAUUAUAAUUUUUACAUAACAAAUCCUUCAAAUUAACAAGAUAAUUAUCUAUUUAAUUCAGAACUUAUUUUUUAUUUCUCUGUGUUACAAGAUUAAAUUUACCCGAUUUAGAAAAACACGGCAGAUUUUUUUCAUUACCAAAAAAUUACCUCGUUAUCGUGAAAUAUCGUGCAUUAUAUUGUCGUCGUCGUCGUAAAUCGUUAUUUCUGGACCGCCUGUCCUCUGCUCCAAACGCGGACACUGUCCCUUUAAGAACUGUCUACGGUUUGUUUGCGGAAGUGGUCCGUUAAUCAAAUGUCCCGGUCCUACCCUCUUUCCCCUCCGGUAUUAAUCAUGUGUUUAAUACUUGAGAGUCGACUGAGUGGUGGUUUUGUUUCAUAAGAUUCCAGCAUACAUUAAUAUCUUUUAAAUUCUUGUAAUAGUUGGAGUUAAAAUACAUUUUCGGACACCUUCCGCAAGGAUACAGCAGUCAGAGUAGGGUAAAGGGAACUGUAAGCCACGAUGGCGCUGGAAAUAACUGGUGAGUCUCUUCAAUUUGACACAUUUUGUCUGUUAAUUCGUCAAAAAAAGAGAUAAAUUUGUAAUGCGGUUGCUUUUAAGGGGAUAAAAAGCACGUUUACAGGCUGAGUCUGUGGCUAGAUUUAAGAUCGCUGUAUGAUCGUCUCCAUUUGUCGUGUUUUAUCGGAUAAAACUGCUUCAUUAGCCUCUUUAAAGAUAACCCUUUAAGCUUAUCUCAUCUUCUUGUUGCUCUGAUUAAAAAAAAACACUUUGAUUCCAUAGAUUUUAAGCUUUAACAUGAAUCCCUGUGUGUCUUUUUCACGAUGAAGCUGGAAGUCUGCAGAUGAGGACACAAACUGCAGGGUCCCCAUGUGAGCUCCUAAAACAGACUUCCCUUGCUGUAUUCUGUCUUUGUGUUCAAAACCCCCAUUCAAAGAUUAUUGCUGAUAAAAUGUCCCCUUAAGUAAUGCUUGAUAAAUUAAACAGAGCUAGUUUUGUGUGUAAAUGUUAGGCAGCUGGUAUUCUGAGCUGGUUUUUAAAUUACCUCUUUGUGUGACUUCUAACACUAUUUUCACUGUUGAGCUGCAGAGAGAGGAAGAUGGUAGAAAACUGUGGGAAAAAUCUGUUCUGAAAAUCUUAUACCUAAAGGGGAAUAAUAAUCUGAAAUCUCACUGAAGCCCUUUAGUAGUCUGGGAUUCAUAUUUUUGGCUUGGUACAAACAUGUUAGAUUUUUACCAGUCUGUCGUGUAACGCCACGCACAAAUGGGGUACUUUUUUUGGUUGGGGAAGUGAUAACCACUGCUAUGAUAUGUUAUGACCGUGACUAAACAGAGAACAGACCGCUAUUAAGUUUAGUGAAUAGCUUCCUUUGGCACUGGAUCAUCUUACCUCCCUCAUGAGGAUGUCGUUGGUGUUCAGAUCAGACGUUUUGACAGUCUGAUUGACAAUCUUUGAGGUUAGGAUGCUGCAAAACCCAGAGAGUUUGGCUCCAAAACAAGCCAAUCUCUCUAAUUAAGAUAAUUGUACUGCAGAAAUUUAUCUUUGACCUGCGUGUGCAAAUACAUGCCAUAAAACCUCAAAGUACUGGUUUCACAAUGAGACACAAAAUAUUCAGAAUAAGACAUAAAGUAGCCUGUUGUUGAAAAAAAAAACUGUAUCAAUUGCAAUUUGCAGUAUGAGGUCAGAAAGGGACUUUAAAGUGCAAUUCUUAAGGAGAUAUUAUGAAACUGGAGUGAAUAGGGUUUUUUUUAAUAUAUAAAGAGAGUUUAUUACCUUGAUCCUGAGGGAAAAAGCUGAAAGUAGGGGUUUUAUGGAUGACUGUGGUCAUCUAAGAGUUUCCAGCCGAGACAAUGAACGGUCUUUAUAACGGUGGGACAGCUGAGGGAUGUUCAGUAUGACUUCGGAAAAAAAAAAAGAGAAAUUUUGGCAUCAAAAAUUCCUUUCCAACAUAAAAAAAACUACAACCACGAUUCUCCAAAAGUUUGGACUUAUUGUUCAUGAAAAUGUUUCUAAUAAAGUCUGAAUCAUUCAAACCCAGUAUUGAUUUGAAAAUAGAACAACACUGUGAACGUCUGAGAACUAGUGAUGGACACAGCAGUUCUUUUAGAUGUACUGAAUCACUAGAAUCAGUUCACUAAAAGGAUUCGUUCAAAAGAUUUGUUCACCAAAUCACCAAAUCAUUUAGCACUUGGCGGGGGAAGCCUGCGAUUCCGACCUCCUGAACUGAUACACAGCUGAACGGUUCAGGAUUCAGUUCAAGUCAUAGCUUCUGGGACCAGGAGACGAGAGUGUUUGGCUGUGUUGCUUUGGCAGACAGGUUUGUAAAAAUGAACUUGUUCAUAAGUUAUGAUGUUUUUAAGUGUACAUGGUACACUUGUGCUAUUUAUCAGGUCUGCUCGGUAAAUUGGGGUCAGUGAGUGAUUCGUUCACUGAAUGUUUAGAAGAAUUCACACUGAACACGCACUGUUCCCUCGCAAACCGCUAAAAUGAUGAAGGAUGCUGCGGGUUUUGUGUUACUUGUUACAUGCUGUGUCCUGCAAGUGGUUGUGGUGGCAAUUAAGCAGUGAAAAAAAGUUAGUUUUGUCCGACAAAAAUGAUUCCAGAGUGUAGUUCAAUGCGUGAUUCGUUCACUAAGUGAUUCAGGUGUCCAUCCCUCGUUUGCCAGCUGCUGGCCUGGUAAUGCUGUUUCUCACUCCAGCUCAACUGAAGUGAGAAACGAAUGAAUCACUCGAGGAAGUGAUUCGGAUCAGUAUGUUCACUUAAAAGAUUCGGUUCUUUUGAACAAAUCGUUCGCGAACGACACAACACUAUUGAGAACUGGGGGGAGCAGUUUCUGGAGUUUGGAUAGUGAAAUGUCGCGACGUGAUAAAUAAUUUCAGCCCAACAAUUCAGGGUCUCUUUUGUUUCAUGAUGCUCCAAUGAUGUUAGUCGGUAAGUCAGGACUGCAAGCAAGUCAGUUUAGCAGCAGGACUCUUCUACUACAGAGACAAGCAGUUGUAAUUCAUACAGAAUCUGGUUUGUCAUCAUCUCGCUGAAAUAUGAAGGUCUUCUCUGAAAAGGUAAUUGUCUAGAUUGCAGCAUAUUUUAUUCUGAGACCUGUAUAUAUUGUUCAGUAUUAAUGGAGCCUUCACAGAUGAGUUACCUACCCAUGCCAUGGACACUUAUGAUCCUCAUACCAUCAGUGAUGCUGGAUUUGAACUGUGAACUGAUAACCAGCUGGGUGGUCUGUGGGAUGCAGUGUCCAUGGUUUCCAAAAAAGGACUGUUAAUUGCAAACUCUCUAAUUCUUUUUGUAUUAAUCCUUUAUGGAGCGUUCAAGCUCUUGUGGAAUACAGUUUGUGUUAGGAUGGUUAUCUUUCUGAUAUUAAGUGACGCCUGCAUUAAACAAACAUCAGAUGUGCUGCUUUUAUUGCCCUUAACUUUGUUGUCAAUCUGACAGUAUUUGUAGUAAUUUUCAGUGAUUUUGCCCUGAGCUGUUAUUCCAAUUUGCACACUUCAGACCAGAUAUCAAGGUUGUAAUCAGACCAAAAGAACCACACUGGUUCACCAAACUGUCAAAUGGCAUCUUGGUUUGGAGCUUUGUUUAAGGUUACAAAGUCUGAAACCGCUUCUCCUUUAUUUGUGGGUUUUUUGUUCACUCUGGAAGCAAAUCUGAACAAAGCAAGGUUUUUCCUUAAAAUCAUGUUGGGUUCACACUGUGAUGGGAUUUAUGUUCACUUAAUAAAAUGGUUAGUAAAACUGAUUCCAAAGUCUAAGUGUUUAUUUGUUUCAAACAAACAUUUUUAACCGUGUGUCCUGCAGCCCCGUUUUUCUGCCAGCAUGGACUCUGAGAAAGAAAUACUGAUGAAGGAAUACGUCAAGAUGAUGACCGACAUGAUCGUGCUGUGUGCCACUCUGGCUCUCUCCCUCUUCUUCUGGAUCCUCUCCCUCACCAUCAGUUCAUACUAUGGUUAGUGUCCUGCCUUUUUAAAACUAAAUACUUAAUUUUUCAAAGUUUUUUUCCAGGAUGCUUGUGUGCAGAUGCAUGAAACAAAUAACAAAACUAGAAAAGCACUCGGAGAGCGCAGACCUCCGCCAAGCAGCUCAUGUCCCCCCUUAUAUUGUGAUUCACACCUAAACUUUUACUGUUACGUGUCUUUUAUUAACUUUUAUUUGUGUUUAAACUGGUAUGUUCACUGUUCAUAAUGUUCCUAAAACAAGAAAUGCCCUGACCGGGAUUCGAACCCAGGACCUUCUUGCUGUGAGGCAACAGUGCUAACCACUACACCACUGUGCUGCCUAUCUACACCACUGUGCCGCCCAUGGGUUAUCUUUCAGCAUUGAAAAUUCCAACGACAUCCUUAUUUUUGUGUGUUCUGGAUCACAGUAUCCGGAAUUUUGUCCGGAAAAGGAUCAACCUUUGACACCUCAUAAAACUCAUUGAGAUCCCUUUGUGUAAUUUUUUACUAAAGACUCUGGCCAUUUUUAUAGAGUUAAAUGCAAAAAUUCCCAAAUUUGCCCUAUCUCACAGUGAUAAAGAAUCCUUCAAAAAAUUCCUGGAUCCAGAAGGCGAUCCGGAUCACCACCAAAAUUUAAUGGGAUCCUCCUGGGGCUGAGACGCACCUCUGGUGAAAAUUUCAGGUCAAUCCGUCUGUAACUUUCUCCGUAAAGUUGCUAACAGACAAACAAACAAACAAACCAACGCUACCGAAAACAUAACCUCCUUGGCAGAGGUAAAAAGAAAAUCAUGUGCUCUUCUCUCAAUCCUCAAUCUUAUUUUUCCUCCUUUAUGGACAAAAAGCGAAAAAGCGCUAAACAAACACACUUGUCUACUCAUGAGCAGUUAGUAUUACUUUCUCUGUACGCGUCAUCACCUUAUGUACCCCUCUAAAGUUUGGGGUCAUUUUUGGCUCUUUUUUUUUUACCAUGGUCUAAUCACUUUGCUUUAGACCACAAUAAAUUCUUUGUCUGCAAAAAGGGUUUCCUGUUGUCUUGCGUAUUACAUCCUAGAUAUUAAUCAACAGCUUCGAGGUUUUUUUAUCUCAUGAAAAUCAAACAAAUUUAAGGACCUUUGUGUCUGUUUUCCUUUUUAUCAUUUUGUUUUUAUUAUGCCUUUAUUGACUACCCCAAAGAAUCAGAUAAUAGGGUUUAAACAGGAUUAUGAACACAGGGGACAUUCAGAUUUAUAUCACAUGGCUUUCUCCGCAGCACUUCCCCCUUUAAGACUUUUCUCAGGGCAACAAACAAGAAGAAAAUUAUCUGAAUCAUGAGUUCAAAGUUGAAUUUUGACUGCAAAUUUUAAGAUAAAGUUAGUUUUUCUUAGCGCCAGAGUGCCUCUAUUGUCAAGUUUUAUACCACUGGUCCACCUUACGCCACAUCAUCUCUGUUGGAGACGAUCUUCUGUCCAUGAUCAUCCUUCUAGCUUUUAAAAGGUUGCACCAUCCAAACAGCAACCUCUGAUGAUGAGGGAUGAAGCCAAAGCAGGAGUGCAGAAAACCGCAGUUCCAUUAGUGUCCACUUGAGGCUGGUGUCAGGAAUUGCUAAUUUUCCAAGUAAACAUUCAUUUAAACCUAACAAUCCCAAGCACGUCUGACUAAACCAGCAGCUUAAACUCAUGUGCAAUGUGUAAAAACAGCUUUUGCUAUGUGCAAGUACAGCAUGUCUAAAAAAGUGAAUAUGGAGCAUCCAUCUUCCUUGAUUUUUUUAUAUUUAAACUGAAAAAGAGGUAGCUACCUUUCUGUUAUAGUAAUAGAGAACUGUGUUGACCUGGUAUUAAUCUUUCUAAAUGCAUUCUCAGGCACUCUGCAGCCGGUGUCACCAUGGCGAUGGCUGUUCUCCAUCUUAGUUCCUCUGGUGCUGACGCUCAGAGCGUUGAAGCGUCGCAGUCUGGACAAAUCAGGAGCUCUGGGAGGUGAGUGCGAGUCUGCACAGUCAUUUAUUUUUGUAGUAGCGAUGAUGAUACGAUUUAUUUUUCCUUCCUCCUUAUUCCCCCUGAUGCCACAUCACUUUUGGAGUUCGUUCGGUCCUUAAAAACUACCAACACCCACACGACGAUCCGCUUUUUGGGAUUAUAAUAACAAUCAUUUUUAAAAGGACCAAUCAGGUUGAUGUAUGAAACCAGUACCAUGAAAACAUAAGAGACAUUUUAGUGUAAACCCAAGCAGGAAAGGCUCUUUGAUGAAAACUUUUUGUCAGCAGGUUUAAAUUUAUUAGUUGAGUAACUGUUUUUCUGCUAACCUUUAACUGUGAAGAAAAACAGUCACUAACCUCAAAAGGAAACCUUUCAGAAAAUUGACAUUAAUCAUGCAGCAGGAAAAGUCCCCGAUUUCAUCUCAGCAUAUACAUAUUCAAUUCAAAAUCAGUUGUGACUGUAAAUAAAGGUUAAAAGAAGAUUUAUACUCUCCAAAACAUUUAAAGCAAUUGAUUCUAGGCAGUAAGUUUGAGCGUAUACAGUUUGCCCUGUUCAGGAUAUAAAGAUUCGUAUUUAUUCCGAUUCAGUUGCUCAAAGUUUAAAGUGAUCUUUUGAUGAAGUCAAAUCCUUAUUGGCCACCAGACAUGAAUCCAAAGUGAAGACGUCACUGACCAUCACUCCUGAAUCUCUCAUCUUCCAAAGAAAAGCCACAUGAAAGUGUCCUACAGAAAUGACUCAAACAGUCCCUUUUUAGAACACGAUAUGUGGUCAAACUGACUCCAUGAGAUCAUUCAGGCUGUGGCUUCGCUGGUCGAGUCUUUACACGCUGUUUCGUUCAGUCUCAGGCUGACUUCAAAGGUUUGGUGAUGGUUUUAUGGUGUGAAUUUGUUCCAGAAAAUCUUUUUUCAAGGUUUUGAGACGCUUGGUUUAUACCGAGUGUAACCUCUUCUUUCCCUGCCAUCACCUGCUCUUUUCAAAUGAGUUAUUUGUUUCUAUUUAUCCAGUUUUAUCAUUUCUAUCUACAAAACAAGCACACGAGAGAUUUGAUUAUUUCUGACUCCUCUUGGGAGCAAAAUAUCAAAAAAAAAAAACUGUCUCAUGUUCAGCAAAAUGACCCAAAACAGGUCCUCUACACAUAUCUACACGAUAGGUCUUCUUUGUCUUUAUCUGUUCAUGUAAAGCUGUGAGUUUUGGUUUAUUUAUAUCUCUCAUAACAAUAAACCACCUGCCCAAUAUUGUUUAGACCCCCUGACCUGAUGGUUCAUGGACUCCCUUGAAACAUAAGCAGCAGGUCCUUUAAGUCCUGAAAAUUGUGAGGUGGGGCCUCUCCGGAUCUGACUUGGUUGUCCAGCACACAAACUUCUCUCCCCACAUGCAUCAUAGACCCUUUGCUAACCCCUACCCUUGGUCCACUUUGACCCCUUUUGGUAUAUCCUGGUGUUGCCAGACCUGAACCAUUCAAUUGACUUAUUUCUUCGCUAGCUAUGGUCGCAUGCAGGAGCGUAUUUUGUUCAAGUAUCAUUAAAAAAAAAGCUGCCUGAGGGCCUGAAGAUCAGGUUCAUCCAGUAUCGGUUUGGGUCCUUGUCCCCAAAGGGUAAAAAAAAAUCCUCAAAUGUGUCAUUUCACAAGAAACUGUUGAACUCUUUACUCACGCAUUCUCUCACAGAGUGGUAAACCUCUUUCCAUCUUUACCUCUAAGACACAUCCUCUCUCAAUGUCCUUCUUAUACUCAGUCAUGUCACUAAAGUCAUGUUUGAAAUGAACCUCAUGAGUUCGGAGAAUUGUAUAGUUUUCAUAGACCAAUAAAAGUUUUAACAUUUGCUGUGUAUUGUUCAAAUGUCCUUCAUUUAAGUACUCGGAAAGUAAAGGAUUUACAAUCCAACAUAACCUGUUUUUGUAUUUUAUAAGCGCCCUAACUCUUUUGGAAUUUUGUUUGCAUGUUUGAUUUGAAGGCAAUAAAAUUUGCUUGACGUCAAACAGGCGGUGUGUUGAGUAGUUCAGCACUUUAUUGUAGGAAACAAAGAAAUUGAUUUUGAUUUAGCUCGUUUAUCAGAAAAAACGCCACGAGCGACACAUAAAAAGACAUUUUUGUGAUACCCUUAUUUUGAAAUGGUUACCAAGUAUCGUAGGAUGUUGUUUCUUUCUCUGGGCUGCGCCAUUGAAGAUCUAAGCUGACCUUUACAGACCUGAUUAUUAUCAAUCUGUUGACGUAGUCAACAACCACAAAGUUCAUGGCAUCAUUUUCUGUUCCAUUGGGAGUAAUGGUCACACUCAGGCGAUUUCUAUGAAACAGUCUUACAAUAGUCCGUCUUUCCGGUCCAGAAACCUUUAAUUUAUGAUAUCUCUAAAAGGGCUCACCACUUUUCAAAUUAACAAGUUCACCCUUUUAUCGAGUCAUCUUUGCCGCCAAACCCGCCUUGAAAUCCGUUGGAUACCCACAAAAAAAAAUCUCUUAUUAAAAGAGCGGGCGGUGUCUCAUGACCGCUGAGUGUGCACUCAGACAAAGAGAUGUGAGAACAUAAAUGAGCGUUUUCUUUGGUUUGAUUUAUUACAGGUGCCAUCGAGAUUUUCGAGAAGUCUAUUUUAUGAAAGUGACACAAUGAAAACAUUUUUUAGAAAUAAAACAAAAACAUUCAAAAAUAUACGACUUUAACACAAUACAAACAGGGAAGUUAGAGUAAAACAGCAUGGGGUUGAAUUCCUGUGUUUACGGUACAUGAUGCAUGAACAGGUGCAGAACUCUUAAAUCUGUCAAAUGUAGCUGCAGUUUUCUGGAGGAGGUUUAAACCCAGAGAAGGAAUUUACUUUUGUUUUUGUUGUGCUCAGAUUUGCACAGAGAGAUUAGCUGUGUAGCUGCAACAGCAUCCAUUCAUAAAGGACGGAUGUUUUUAAUCUAAUCAAUGUAUAAAUGUUGUUUGGAUCAACUUUUCUAGCCUGGAGAAAGAAACAAAAUUUAUGAAGUUGAAACAAACUUUGCAAUAAAAUUGAUCCACCAAAGUUCAAAGAUAUUUUUGCAUUUUUCACAUGAUAUCAUUAAAUUGAUUUUUGGACAACUGUACAAUCACAAGCUUCCCAUGAUUCAACCUUUUUGAUUUGAUUCAGUCAAGGGCAGAUGGGUGAAAUGAGACUUUGUUAAAAGCCAAUGCUGAUUUAGAACAACAGGUUUUAUUCAUAUCAAUCCACCAAAAAAAAGCAAAACACUUAUUGAUAUCUUACUGUUGCACAUGUGUUUAUUCUGCUGCCUCAAUCACUCACUUCAGAAAAGCUAUAUGAUGGCGAAGGAUUCAAACCGUCUCUCUGACCUGAAACUUUUCCUCUCAGCUCUCCUGGUGGGGUUCGUGCUGACGAUGGCAAACUUCAGCUUCUUCUCCUCCCUGCUGGCCUUCUUCAUCACCUCCUCCAGACUUACCCGCUGGGGAGGAGCACAGAAGAAGAAGAUAGACGCAGAGUAUAAAGAAGGUGAGGGGAGGUAAAAGUGUGUUAUGAUUUACUUCAAAAUAAAAGCGCACUCAUGUUUGUGUUUGUGUGCAGGCGGCCAGAGGAACUGGAUUCAGGUUUUCUGUAACGGAGGAGUUCCUACAGAGCUGGCCCUGCUGUACAUGAUUGAGGUUAACACACACACACACACGCACACGCACACAUUAACACUUUUAUCAGGGUGAACAUAUAACAAAUAAAAAGGAUUUCUGUGUUUGUGUUUCCAGGUGGGUCCAGGUGAGAUGCCCAUAGACUUCAGUAAACAGUACUCGGCCUCCUGGAUGUGUCUGUCUCUGCUGGGAGCACUCGCCUGCAGCACAGGGGACACCUGGGCGUCAGAGGUAGGGCCUGUUCUCAGCCAAUCACAGCCCAGACUCAUCACCACCUGGGAGGAAGUACCAGCAGGUAGGAAACAGACUUUCCCUCUUUCAUUUCUCUCACAUCCUCGAAUUUAAGAUCUUUCCUCUCCUUUCUUUUUCUGUUUUCAUUCUGUCUGUCUUUCUUUUUCACUAAUUUAUCAUGAUUCCUUUUUUCUUUUGUUACUUUUCUUUCUCUUUCUCUUUCAUUUCUUGGAUUCCUACCGCAAUUGGAAUGUCUCCGAUCCGGAAUGGCUGCGAUUUUCGCCGUAUGCCAGUUCCUAUCGGAUCCCGAUAUAUUUCUUUGUAGGAUAGUAGGGGGAAGUCCCGCCUCCUUUGCCUCUGAUUGGCCAAAGCUCGAAACUUCAUCUAGCGCUCAAGCCAAACGCGGGCUGUCGGCUCUUUACAUUGAACAGAACAUUAUCGCACUUCUGAAUCUCCUAACCCUUACCCGACAUACAAUGACGUUUCACAGCCAUAAGUAAUAAACAAUCAGAGCCCAGCGCUCUAGCCAAUCAGAGGCGAAGGAGGGCGGGACCUUCCUCUUCCAUCCUAUUAAAAAAAAUGCCGCUAUCCGAUCCGUUUGUGAGGCGAAUUUUGUGGCGGAUUACGGACAGCAGGAAUCGCAAAACUCACAAGAACCAGCAGAUUCACGUGCAAUCGCAUGAUAACAAGUUGUCUUUGGCCACAUAGGCUAACCAUAUAAGCAGUAGAUCGUGUCCUUCCAGAGGAGGAAAUCUACUUCUAGACUUAUAAAAUCAGCAUCUUCUCAUCCAUGGUGUCAACGGGAUAAAAUACUGUCUAUAACCGUUUCACUUGUUCGUCCCCGCCCGUUUGCAUGGUGUGAAAUACAAUUUAGUCUUUUUUCUUUCAUCUCUUUCUUUUUCUGUUUUAUUCUUUCGUUUGUUCUUUCUUUUUGUCUUUUUUCUUACCUCCUCUGUCUUUCGUUUGUUUUAUACUUUCUUUCCUUUUUUUUUUCUUUCAUGUUUUUCCUUCAUUCAUACUUACCCCGUUUUAGAUUGCAUUCUUUUUUUUAAGUUUGUUUAAUUUUUUAAUUUUUGUGUUUCUUUAUUUUUCUUUUUUUAUCCAUGUUUUUUUUUUUUUCUGUUUUGACUUCGACUUAUAUACCGGGACUUAAAUCAGGUCAUUUUACCAUGAAUGAGCUUGAAGAGACUUUCUCUUUAUGAGGCUGUAUACUAAAAGCAUGAAACCAAACAUUUUAUCGUUAUUUUAUCUUAAAUCCGAUAAGUUACACUCCACUUGUACACUGUUCAUUCAUAUAAAGAUGCAUUUCUUUACCGUCAUUUUUCCUUUGCUAUGUGCUCUUUCAGGGACAAACGGAGGAGUAACCACCGUCGGACUGGUCGCCAGUUUCCUGGGUGGUCUUGCAGUGGGUGCGGCUUAUUUUGUGACACAGCUUCUGUUCCUCAAUGACCUACACUUGGCUGACCCACAGUGGCCAAUUAUGUUUUACGGAGGCAUGGCUGGACUGCUGGGAUCCAUGCUGGACUCUUUCCUGGGCGCUCACAUGCAGUAUUCAGGUAGGACCCAGUGAAAAUGGAGAGUCAGAAAAGUCCACAUUUUAUGUCUUAUGUUACUAAGUCUAAACAAGGAGCUCUGCACUGCCCUCUUCUGGUCAAAGAUGUACCUUAGGUGUAUUAUGACAAGUACCUAAAGUCACCGCUCUGUUACCUGUUCAGCACCUCAACAUUUAAGACACUUUUCUAAUGUUAGACGAUCUAACUUAAGAGAAAAACAAAGAGAUUUUUAUCUUAGAGUGUAAAUGUUCAGAACUUUCCUCUCCCCAUCUGUCUUCAGGCUUUGACUCAAGUAUCGGGAAGGUGGUGGGUUACGAGUCGGCCACGACUCAGCGGAUCUGUGGGAAACCAAUCCUGGACAACAAUGCCGUCAAUCUGUUCUCCUCUGUCCUCGUCGCGCUCGUCCUGCCCGGGCUGGCGUGGGGGAUGUGGCCAAGAUAGACUCAAAAACAAAGAAGUGACAGGAAAAGAAUCAUUUGGGUAACAUGCUCGUUGUUUUGGUGAAAGAAACAUCACAGUACAUUUACAAUACAGCUGUGGCUCUAAGAAAGAAACACAGUUUUAUACAUCAGAACAGCUCUGUCAUACAAACGACUGCAGAAAGAUUUCAUGGAAAUUAUCAUCCUGGUAAAACAAAUACUGUAUCCUUGUUACAGACUAUAAAUGAGACAUUUGUGUAGGUUUGAGGAACAUGUAUGACAGCCAUAUUCUGUCGUCUGAAAAUUCUGACAGAUAAAAUGAAAGUUUUGUCAGGAUAAUUAAGAAAAGGAACAUUAAAAAUAUUGAAUCAAUGAAAGAAAAAUGAGAUGAACAGAAAUUUGAAAUUACAAAUUUAAUUUAAGAGACAAAAGUCAAAGCAAUCGGACAUUAAAGUCAAAAUUACGAGAUAAAAUAUCAUAAAUAGAGUAAAAAGUACAAUAUUUUGUUAAAUUAUAAGAUAAAAAUAAAGAAAUUAUGAGAGAAGUUUUUCAUGGAGAAAAAAGUGAAAGUUUAGAGAUAACUUUUAUCUGAUCAACAACUAAAGUUCACAGAAAAAAAGUCAUAAAUCAUUAUUAUGAGCAGAAACACAUUUAUGAGAUUAUGAUUUAAAUGAAUGAGAAACUGUUUUCACAGAUAAAAGUCAUUAUGCAAGAUUAAAAAGUUAAAAUAAAUCAAGUUAUGAGGCAAACAGUUAAAACACACGUCUAUACAACAUAAAGCUACAUUUGUAAUGUCAUAAAAGUCAAGGUUUUAAAGAAAAGUCAACUAUGAGGCAAAAAUCAGAUUUAUAAGACAUAAAAUGUCACUUUUUGUGGUAAAAUGUUGGAUUUAAAAAUUUUUAAAAGUCCUCAUUAUAGGUGAAAGGGAGAAAUCUUGAAAAGGAAAUUAUGCAAAAUGUUGUUUUUCAUGUAAUGAUCAGAUGAAAUCUUAAAGUUAUAAAAAGCUGUCCAUAGAAAUAAAAGUCAACAUAAUGAUUUAAAAGUGAACAUCUGAAUGUUUUUGUCCUACCUCACAAUCACAACUUAUUUAUCUUGUAAUUUUGACUUUUUACCCUCUAACUAGGACCAUUUAUCUCAAAUUAUGACUUUUUAUGUCAUGAAAUAGACUUUUGAACAAAUAAUGAUGACAUUGAAAAUGUAUGAUACCUAAACAUAAACUCUUUUCCCAUCUAACUGUGGUGUUUUUUCUUUUUUGGCUGGCAAAAUGGGCUUCCAUUCUCAUGUCAAGUAUUUUUCUAAUAAAUCUGUUCUGGUGAUUUAAACACAGAUGAUUUAGGCACCACAGCUGCUUUAAUCUGGGACUGGAAGCCUCAAACUUGUGUCCUUAAACGAUGUGUGUUUUUUCUCCUAAACCCUAAAAACCCUCAUAUACAGAAAUAUUCAAGAGAAGAAGUUCAGGUGGAGGGUUAAGAUAAGUAGAAAAGACAGAUUCAGUGUUGAUAAAAUAACCUUAUGUAGGGUUUUUACAUAAAGAGCAGCAACUUUAAUUCACUUGUGAGUUUGCUAUUGUUGCUUUUGCUGACUGCACAACAAGUAAUUUGAAGAGGGACCCCUUAAAAUAAACUGUGAGGGCGAUGAUAGGGUCUAUAAGGGAGAAAGUGUUCAGAGACCAACACAGAGCUCUGGCAUGUCCUGAUGAUUCUCUAAUGAAGAGUUAUUGAUUGUCUUUUUAGUCUCGGCUUCUGGUGUUGUAUUUUGUCAGUGCAGAGUUGUGCACUUACAGUCCUGCUUGUGUUAUUUUGAUCACUUUCUAAGUAAUUUAAAACCCAAAUGAUCCACUUAGAGCGUACUUCAAGGUUGGUGCUUCAAAGAGCACCACAAUAUCUAAAACUUUAAACUUUAGAUAUUGUGCUUUACUUUUAAAACACUGGCUGGGUUUCGAGAUAAUGUCUGAAAUACUACUGAAACACUUUGGUUCAGUAUGUAACUGAUCUUGUUCUGCAAACCCUGCUCAUUAACUCAAGAUCAAAUGUGUAGUCAGUACAGUUUAAUAACAAAUUUGCAAAGAGAGGAUGAAACUGCUCUGAGGCUUCAGCUGCAAUCAGUGGUUUACACUUAGUGUAACUCUCACAGCUGUAAUGAUGAUAUCACAUAUAAAAGAAAGGUCUAUUUAACUUGGGUAUUUAACUGAAUCUGUGCUGGUUUCAUUGGAUGUUUCAGUGUUUAUGUUGAAUAGAAGAAAGGCAGAUUUCAGAAAUGUGCAGUCUCAUGCUCAGCAGUAUCUUCAUUGCACCUGUUUAAUUUAAAAACAUCUGUACAUCAUGAACUGCCUCUAAAGUGUCAAUAAACUGUACAUAUGUCUGAACUGAACUGUGCUCAGUGUUUUAAUGUGUGUCGAUCAGUCAGAAAAUUACAUGAAAAUAUACAAUGUCUUAUUGAUCUUUAUUUACAUUGAUGUGUUUGAUUGCAUACAUGUUUUAAUGCCUGUAAAAAUUGGUAUGAAUUUAAUUUUUAUCAUAAUUGACUAUAAUUUUAACACACAAUGCUAUGACAUUGUUUUUUACGGUAUGAUCAAACAUUUUCUUGAAAUGAUAU